AUGAUUAUCACUCUGAUCUUCAAACGCGUUCAAACUCGGACAUUUACAGCGGAAGACUUGUUUCCGCUUUGGAAAGAUGGUAAAGGGUUAUGUACUUCUUUUGCCACUUAUGUUGCUUCCCGUCUCGAGAACAGUGUUCACCCUACACUAUUUCAAUUGAACGAAACCCAUCGUGCAUGUUUUAUUAGAGAUGGUGUCGUAAUUGACUCCUCGGCAAGAAAUAUCCUCGAAUCCAAGGAUGAAAAGCCCGUCUCCGGCCAUAAGGGGCCUUGGAAGUUUGACAAAUCCUCUAAUGAUGUCACCCUUAUAUUUCAGGCGUCUAAGAGUUCUAAAUUCAUAGCUUUCAGCCCUUACCGAGCUAUAUUAAAGCAAUGCAUAACUGUCUACUGCAGCUCUGCGGUCAGAAAUCCUUUAUUUGCCUCUUCCGAAUUAAAUCAGAUGCCCAGCUUCGAUUCAACGGGAAGAUUACAUGGAAGCCAUACCAACGUUGUAUCUCACGGAGCGAGCUGCUACUAA